GCAGGACUUUUUUCAGGGAGGAGCUAAGACUGCAACCCUAUACCCACUUACUGGGCUCAAUCAGGCGGUGGGCCGGGGCUGCCUCCUUCCCCCAUGAAUAGGGGUGCAUUGAUGGCGGAGCAGAAGCGGAGCAGAAUGGUAGCAACUUCUUGGGAAACAUCUUAAAAUUUUUGCUUAAAAGCAAACGUAUAACAUCACAUGCAAGGGGAGUUAACAGAGCUGCUGGUCCCAGUUCCAGUGAGCAAAAGGGAGUCCAGAAGGAGAGGGGCCUCGUGGUGCAGCCCCCGCCUGGCCCCUGGGCAUGGCAGGGCCCGAGAAGGGGGAGAGAAGCAUCCGCAGCAAAGCGUGGUCUGGGCGGGGGGUGUGUGUCUUUGCCCCCGCAGGCCCGCUGCUCCGUGGUGCUGCCUACCUCCAGCUGACCGCCCUGGCCCCGCCGGCCACAGACACGGCUCAAGUUCAGCAGCUCCUGGCCACUCUGAGCGCCCCCCGGCUUGUGCCUGGCACGGCAAGCAACAUCAGCGCCCUGGCUGUGACCACUGAGUGCGACCCCCUGCAGCAGCAGCAGAAGAGCCGGGACUGCCACUGCCUUCCGGGCUACCAGUGGAGCGACACCUUCUGCCAGCAGCUGAGCGCCUGCGGCGGGGGCCUGAUCCAGAGCCUGGCCUCCCUGGUCCUCCUGGCCCCUUGCCAGUGUCUCCGCUGGACUUUGCCGGGUGUGGGCUUCUGCCGCCCGCCGGCCUCCCCAGUGUCAGAGAGCACAACCCUGGCCCCGAAACUCGCCUCUGUCGGGGCUGAGGGUGCGCUGAACCUCUCCUUCAGCCUCAAGGAAGGAGCCACAGAUGUGAAGUGGUACCUGCUCAGGCCUGACUGGACCGUGGCCAAAGACAUCCUCAACGGGACGCAAGUGACGCUGCAGCUGCAGCAGGACGGCUCGGAAGCUCUCCUCGGGGUCUCCUCCGUCUCCCCCGACUGGGCUGGAGUGUACAUCUGCCGCUACCGCUAUGAAGGCUCCCUGCGGGAGGUGAGGCAAGUGGUGGGCGUGCCCCUGGGCCCAGCAGACGUCGUCCUGACUCUGUCACAGGUCUCCAUGAACUGCAGUUCUCCCGAGCAACUGACUCUCCGGUGCUGCAUCCGGAACAGAGGCAGCGGCAUCCGAGCCUCCUGGAAUCCUGGAUCCUCAAGCCCAGCCCACCUGACGGGCAAGGGGGACACCCUUUGCCAGGCCCUUGCCCUGGAUUCCUGCCCCAGCGGCAACACCUCCUACCAGUGCAUCUUUGAAAGCGAUGACCUUGGAUCCGUGCAGACCGAGGUGGUGGUGAGCGGGAUUCAAGACGGAGACCUCUUCUGCCCCAGUGAGGCCACUACAGGCAGCUGGAACACCACGAAGGCCGGCCAGGUGGCCGAGCUCCUGUGUCCCACGGGCAGCACCGGGAAGAUGCUACGCAGCUGCUCCUCCAGAGGGAGCUGGGGAGGCGUUCAGAGCAACUGCACCAGCCAGGAGCUGCUCUCUGGGUUGCGCCAGGCCCAGCUACUCCAGGCAGGGCUGGGCAAUCCCGUGAGCGAGGUCCCUGGGAUGAUGGAGUGGCUGGAAACGAAGACCAGACAGACACAGGAGGGCAGCCCCUGGGACCUCCUGGCUGUGAUAUCCACAAUGGACAUCAUCUCGCAGGUUGCUCUGGGUUACAACCUGCGCCUGGAUGGUGAUGCUGUGGCGAGUCUGCUGACCGCUGCCAACUGGAUGCUCGCCUUGGACCCCGAGACCGAGUGGGCAGAGGUCGAAGCUGUGUGGCCCCCUGCGGGCUCCCGGUUCCUGCAGGGCAUCGAGGACCUCACCAGCCUUCUGCAGCUCUCGGCCAGCGAGUUCAGCCUGAGCCUCCCCAACGUUGAACUCCAGAGUGCCCGGUUUGAGGGGCCUGUGGAGGCCGACUACAGCAAGGCCUUCGACAUGGAGCCUCCGCUCCGCACGCACAUCGCCAGAGAACAGCUGGAGGACUUGGUGCGCCAGGAGGGGGAGGUCACCGUCACCAGCUUGGCGCUGAAGAAGCUGGACAGGAUCCUGCCGGAGAACUCCGACACAGCGUCCAGCCGCGGCCUCGGCAGCUUAGUGCUGUCCAAUGCUAUCAUGUCCCCUAACGGGAGUGUGAAGCAGGUGGACAUUGACAUGACGUUUGGCCACUGGAACCUGACCCAUGGCAAAGAAGGGCAGCAGGAGCUGGUGGCCCAGUGCGUGUUCUGGAACCACAGCUUGCCCGAGGGGGUGGGCGGCUGGUCCACCCAGGGCUGCCGGACCUCUGGCGCCGGCACCGCCACCAACUGCACUUGCUGCCACCUGACCUCCUUCUCCAUCCUGAUGUCCGCCAAGCCUGUGCCGGUCAGCUUCGCCUUGACCUUCCUGAGCAAGUUUGGCAUCUGUGCCUCCAUCCUGGCCCUCCUCGCCAGCCUCGCCAUCUACUAUCUCGUCUGGACUUCUGUGGUGAAGAACAAGGUGUCCUACUUCCGCUACACCACGCUGGUCAACAUGGCGUUUUCUCUGCUGAUGGGGAACCUCUGGUUUCUGGUUGCCUCCCAGCUGGCCGCCAGCCCCGAGAACAAGCUGUGUGUGGCCGUGGCCUUCUUCACCCACUUCUCCUACCUGGCCGUCUUCUGCUGGAUGCUGAUCCAGGCCCUGCUGCUUUUCCACCAGCUGAUCUUCGUCUUCCACCAGCUGACCGUCCGCUCCAUCCUGCCUGCUAUGGUGGUGGUGGGCUACGUGUGCCCCUUAGCCAUUGCUGUAGCGACCGUGGCCGCCUUCUCCCCCACGCAGGGCUACCUGCAGGAGGCCGUCUGCUGGCUGAGCUCUGGCAGCAGAGCCAUCUACGCCUUCUCGGUGCCCGUCCUGCUCAUCGUGGCCAUCAACCUGCUGAUCCUCUUCGUGGUGCUGCUCAAACUCAUGCGGCCUUCGGUGUCGGAGGGACCCCCAGGGGAGGAACGGAAGGCGCUGCUCAGCCUCUUCAAAGCCCUGCUCAUCCUCACCCCCGUCUUCGGCUUGACCUGGGGGCUGGGGGUCAUCACCAUGACCACAGAAGCCUCACAGUUGACCCAUUACGCCUUCACCAUCCUCAAUGCCUUCCAGGGGGUCUUCAUCCUGCUCUUCGGCUGCCUUAUGGACAAGAAAGUGAGGGAAGCUCUGUGCAGACGCCUUUGCAAGCCAUCCACACCCAGGACAAGAACCACUCAGGGCAAGAAUGAAACCUUGGACUCCAAGCUCAGCAGCUAAGAGGCCGGACGUCCGCCCUGGCUGUGGAUGCUGUGUGGAAAAACAGGAAGCAGGGAUGGUCUUCGCAGACAGAGGAUGAAGAGGGGAACCUCUAAGCAGGGACAAGCCCAGCCCAGUUUGGUUUGGUUUUCCAGGCAGCCCACGUUGAGAAGGGGAAAGAGAGACCAAGCUUCCACAGACCCGUGGGGUUUUUUCCGCUCUUCCUCUCCCGCUUCCACCCAUAAUAAUAAAAAAUAAAACUUG